AUGGGAUUGAAGCGACCAUUUGAUGCUGAAGAGAUGCAAGAGUGCAAUGCUAAGCAUGCAAGGCAGCUUAGUUACAGCUCUAAGCAACUUAACCAAUUAGAUGAAGCUAUUCCAUAUCAUGUUCCUUUCGACAAAACAAGUGUCUUAGUAGAGGAGAAGAAGCCUUCAUGGGCUUAUGAUACAUGUGCACCAGUCUCGUGGAUCCCAACCGGUUAUUGUCAGGAGGAUUCGCGGUCUGGCGGGACGACUCAGUCAUCUGUUUCUCAGCAAUCUUCCGGUUCGGAUUUUACCUGGAGACCACUUUCUCCAGUGGAAGAUGUUUACUCUUGUUUGAUGAAUCUUGCUCCGAGGAAACAAGUUCCGGUUGGGUCUAAUCACCAGGCGGAUGUCCCUGAAUACGUGAAGGAAGAGACUAACAACGGUGACUUGGAACGAAAACUGAUGGGGAAGUGCAUAAUACCUAUGCCUGACUCAGACGUUUGUGGAGUUGGUCAAGGAAGAAAGGAAUGUCUUUGCCCAGAUAAAGGUUCCAUUAGAUGCGUGCGGCGACAUAUCGUGGAAGCGAGAGAGAACCUGAUCGAAACUAUUGGUUACGAAAAGUUUACGGAGCUAGGGUUCUGUGAAAUGGGUGAUGAAGUUGCAAGCUUAUGGACUGAAGACGAAGAAGAUCUCUUCCAUAAAGUUGUAUACUCCAAUCCUGUUUCGCUAGGUCGCGAUUUCUGGAAGCAGUUAAAAGCAACCUUCCCUUCAAGAACCAUGAAGGAGCUUGUUAGCUACUACUUCAAUGUCUUCAUCUUGCGGAGACGGGCUACUCAGAAUCGGUUCAAGACCGUAGACGUUGACAGCGACGAUGACGAGUGGCAAGUAGAAUACGACGUUUUUUACAGCGCCAAAUCUUUAGAUGAGGAAGACGACGACAACAACGGAAGAAACUCCUCACAUGAAGAUAACGAGGAGGAAGAAGACGACAGUAGCGAUGAUGACGAUGAAGAAUCACCGAUUAACGAUGUUCAUUGUGUAUAUAUGGAUAAGUUUUCAAGAGACGAAGGUGUUGGUGAAGAGGUAAAUGUAGAAGACGACUCGUGCAUGUCCUUUGAAUUACAGGACUCGAAUUUGAUCUACUCUCACAACCCAAUUGAGAACAGAGACUGCAGCAGAUCUGGUGGUGAUGAUCAUUCGUAUUCAUUUGAUGAUCGGAGACUUACAUCAGAUUGUUGGAACAAGAACAACGAUCUUCUACCAACUUCGAAUAUCAUCGAGGAGAUAUUUGGUCAAGACGAAUGGGGAGAUAAUGAUGAUGAUGAUAGCUUGAAGGGGAAGUAA